AUGAGCAAACAAUGGCGCCGAAACGGAGGACAGUCACAAGGAGGCCCCAGCUAUUGGAAAGGAUCCUGGUCGCGACGGGACUCUGGCUUUCCAUCCUGCGACCCGGGCCGCAACCAGAUGUCAUGGGAGCGUGGACAACCAAGUGCGACCGAGACUACGGGGCCGGUCUCAAUGGUCCAGAUGAUCCAAGACGCACUCAACAAGACCCGCAAGUGCGAGCAGAAGGUUGCGACGCUCACGCGAGCCAAGGAGGACAGGGCCAAGUUGUGGGACAGGUACGAGGCCGAUCUACAGAAGUCGUACGCCAGGGAAUUCAACAAGUUCCACCGCGACCUUCAACGUAUCGACGAAGACCUCGUGAGAGCCACAGCUGCGCAAGAAGAGUCCAGAAUGGAACUACUCCAGGUUCAUGCAGGACGAGCGCCGAAGGAAACCGAGCAGCACCGAGCGAGGUUGGACGAGCUGCUUGCAGAAAGUCGAGGAGAGUACGCGAGCCAGGAGGCACAAGAUGUGCUGGACAGGGCUAUGAGGGCCAGUAUGGCUCAUCCCACGCGGCCACGCGAACGCAAGGCAGCCGACGCGCAACACCGAUGGGACAUGUACCUGCCUCUGGGCCAGCUCCGCCAGGACUGGACAGUGGAGGCAGUGCCCACGACUCUGACGAUGGCGGAGGCACCGCCCACGGACUACACGGGAAGCGGCUUACCACACAGUGCGGGGCCCUAUCAGGCAUCACCUGGAAGCCUCUACUCCAAGGUCAAGCCGCUUUCGCCGAGCACAAGGCCAGGCCCUUACGAGGCAGGCAGCGACCCGGGAACAGCAUCGACUGCUGUGACGGUGGCAGAUCGCCUGCAGAUGCGAAGGGCUAUGACCCCAUUUGGUGGGGGCCAGACGACAACGACGGGCAUAAUCCCUCCGGUGUAUCCAGGGAAACCGCCUACGACAGCCGUGAUCGACGACGACCACAGUGGCGAACCAGAAAGCGAGACGGACACGAAGAAGAACGAUGGAGACGAGCUCACUUGA